AGUCAGUAGCCAAUCGGUAUACUUAUACCAUCGAUACACAAAUGAGAUAUCUGGAAAAUAUUGAAUCAUAUAUGCAGGUUAAUAAUUGACAACAUUGACAAUAUUGGUAAAGAAUUUACGUCAUAAAAUAAUUUCUUUUCCUUGCCGCGCUGAUGCAUUUUCGAUAGAAAAACUCGAUUGUUCGCAUGGAAUCACGUUUACUAAGAAUUAUUUAGUCCUCGAUCUGUAUAGCUUCUAGAAGCAAAUUUUAUUUUACAAAUUCGAGAUGACGUCGAAUGAUGAUUGGAAACUAAAUCGUGUUUUGGGUAGCGGAGGUUUUGGGGUUGUCGAGCUUUGGAUACAUGUUCAAAGCGGCAAAAAAAUUGCAAUCAAAAGAUGUAAAUGUAAUUAUUCACAAUUGAUGUCAACGCAACGAAAGAGAUGGGCCCAUGAAGUUUUUAUAAUGAAACGCUUGAAGCAUCCAAACAUCGUGAGAACAGGAUGCAUCCCGUUCAAGCUUCCAAAUGUAGAAGAAACCGAACCAAUUCUCUGUAUGGAGUAUUGUAGAAAAGGAGAUUUGAGAAAAAUUUUAAAUCGACCAGAAAAUUGUUGUGGAAUUAGUGAAACAGAAGCGAUCAAAGUAAUGAGUGAAAUUUCAUCGGCUGUAAAAUAUUUACAUUCAUAUAAUAUAACUCAUCGAGAUUUAAAACCAGAGAAUAUAGUUUUACAGGAUGAACAGAAUGUGAUUUCAUAUAAAUUAAUAGAUCUCGGAUAUGCCAAAGAACUUGGAGAAGCAAGCACAUCUGCCUCUUUAGUCGGCACUUUAAACUAUGUUGCCCCAGAACUUCUUUGGAGAGAGAAAUAUAGUUGUUCUGUCGAUUACUGGAGUUUAGGAAUAUUGUAUUAUGAACUUGUGACUGGAACAAGACCAUUUUUACCAACAAUGCAACAUACUAUGGAGUGGAUGAAAUACAUUAAAAAUAAGAAUUAUGACGAUAUUCAUGCUUAUGAAUCAGAAGGAAAAGUCAUUUUUGGAAAAGACAUUCAAAAUCCAACUCACUUAUCGAACUGUCUUCGAAACAAAAUGGUCCAAUGGUUUCAACUAGUUUUACAAUGGGAUCCACAUGAAAGAGGAAAAAUAGUUGACAAAUUUGGUACAUCCCAUUUAGCGGUAUUUACAAUGUUACAAGAUGCAUUAUUAAACAAAAUACUGUACGUUUUCUGUCUGCCAUUUUACAAAAUUAAUACAUACGAAAUUGAUAGUAAUACUACUCUUAGAGAUCUUCAGUUGUUAAUAGAAAGAGAUACUAAUAUUGAAGUCAAACAUCAAGUGCUAACUGAUUAUAAAGGUGCAAUACUGAUCGAAAGUACCAUGUCACUUGCAUCACAAAUUAAUGAUCACGUUUUGUUUCUCUUCAGAAAUGGAUGUUAUUUAAUAGAAAAUAUACCUAUAUUAAAUAUUCCUACAGCAGUAGAGAAAAUGAUGACACAAUCGAAGAAUGAAUUAAACUAUGAAGUACUGAAAGAUUAUUAUCGCCAUACAAUAUAUUUUACGAAAUCAGAAAUGUAUUUAUUUCAAUUGUACAUUUUUGCAUUGAGUAUAAAUUUGGAUUUAUUACAUCAAAAGAUCGAUAAAUUUAAUUCGAGUAUGGAGAAGACAUUGAAAAAUACAAAGAUUCUUACAGAUCAAGUACAUACGAUUCGUAUGAAAUAUAUGAAUACGACGGACGAAGACGCAGCUGAUAAAAGGAAGAUACAAAUUUAUCUUAAUAAAGUUGAUAAAUUAAUUAGUGCAGCCGAUCAAAUAAAAAUGAAGUUUACAUCUUUGAAGGAAGAUAACAAUAAAUUGAGAGAUCAAGCUCAAGCGACCGAUUAUAUAGGAAAUUUAUCAGUACUAUAUGACAAGAUGUGUGAUGUGUAUUUGAAAUUUAAGGAAGAAAGUCCACAUAAAACAGCAAGACCAUUGGACAUGUCGAAAUUAGUGUUUGAAUUCGUGAUUACACGUGAAACACAACUUUAUAAUGAAAACAUAAUUGAUAUUACAAGGCAGAUAGAUAAGUUACAAGAUGAAUUAUCAAAACUAGAAAAAGUAUUUAUUUCUGUUACUGCUAUGACUGAAUUAUAUUGGGAAGAAUAUCAAAGAAUGACACAGUCUGACACUAACAGUGUUCCUCAACAAUCUAACAACUAUCAAUCUGUAAAUAUCUUGACUACUGAAUUAAGCAGCAUUAUUCAAUCAGAAGAUAAUGUAAUAUACGAUAAUUUGAUCAUGCGUUACAUGUUGGACAAUUUGAUAGCUCAAAUGCAGAAAAAAUACCUUGAAGUACUUAAAUUAGACUCGUGAUUAAAAUAUCGCUUAUAUCUGUACUAAUUUAUGUCAUCGAACUAGCAGUUUUAGCAUAUUAAGCAUCUUCUAAUUCCUAUUUUAAUACAUUAAUUCUUGAAUCCAGUUUGCUUUAAUGUACGUGGAACAUAAUAUCGUACACCCCACUUAAUAUUAGCAUUUUCAUCAGUUUUAACGAACGUGUAGAUAGGUUUGUUGAACAGUUGCUCCAAUUUUAUUGUUUGAUAUCUGUCAUUCUGACCUGUUCAGAAACAUCUAUUAAAGUAUAUUUUUAUAACUUAAUAGUAUAUUUUUUAACUUUUAUAAAUAAAAGGGCUCUGACUUUACAAACGUCUUACA